GGCGGGGCGUUGGGCCGGAAGCCAGGCUGGGCCACGUCUUCAGGGUCUGAGUAAGCUGGUUUGGUGCGCACUCCGCGGCGGCUGCUCGAAUGUGGAGAGGACGUCUCUGCUCCGGUACUAGACAUGGAUCUAGAGGCUGUUUCUAAACGCUCCGCAUUCCAUGCCAAGCCCCAGGGGCUCAUUCUCCAGUAUGGGACUGCUGGGUUUCGGACAAAUGCCCAGCAUCUCGACCAUAUCAUGUUUCGAAUGGGAUUACUAGCUGUCCUGAGGUCAAAGCAGACAAAAUCCACCAUUGGAGUCAUGGUUACGGCCUCCCACAAUCCCGAGGAAGACAAUGGUGUGAAAUUGAUUGAUCCUAUGGGGGAAAUGUUGGCCCCGUCCUGGGAGGAGCAUGCUACCUGUCUGGCCAGUGCUGAGGAGCAGGAUAUGCCUCAGGUGCUUACCACCAUCGUGGAGAAAGAAGCAGUGGAUCUGCAGCAGCCCGCCUUCGUAGUUAUUGGUAGAGACACCAGGCCCAGCAGUGAGAAACUUUCACAGUCUGUACUAGAUGGUGUGACUGUCUUAGGAGGCCAAUUUUAUGAUUAUGGCCUGUUGACUACGCCUCAGCUACAUUACAUGGUGUAUUGUCGGAAUUCCGGAGGCCGGUAUGGAAAGGCAACCAUAGAAGGCUACUGCCAGAAACUCUCCAAGGCUUUUGUAGAACUUACCAAACAGGCUUCCUGCAGUGGAGAUGAAAACAGAUCGGUUAAGGUUGACUGUGCGAAUGGCAUAGGGGCCUUGAAGCUAAAAGAAAUGGCGCACUACUUCUCCCAGGGCCUGUCGGUCCAGCUGUUUAAUGACGGGACUGCAGGGAGGCUCAACCACCUGUGUGGUGCUGACUUCGUGAAGAGUCAUCAGAAACCCCCACAGGGAAUGGAAAUGCAGUCCAACGAAAGAUACUGCUCCUUCGACGGGGAUGCAGACCGAAUCGUGUAUUACUACUGUGAUGCAGACGGUCGCUUUCAUCUCAUAGAUGGAGACAAGAUAGCCACCUUAAUUAGCAGCUUCCUUAAGGAGCUGCUGUUGGAGAUUGGAGAAAGCCUGACUAUUGGUGUUGUACAGACUGCAUAUGCUAAUGGGAGCUCCACAAGAUACCUUGAAGAAGUUAUGAAGGUACCUGUUUAUUGCACCAAAACUGGUGUCAAGCAUUUGCAUCACAAGGCUCAAGAGUUUGACAUUGGAGUUUACUUUGAAGCAAAUGGGCAUGGCACAGCACUGUUUAGCGAAGCAGUUGAAACGAAGAUAAAAAGACUAGCACAAGAAUUAGAAGACGAGAAAGGAAAAGCUGCAAAGAUGCUUGCAAGCAUUAUCGACUUGUUCAACCAGGCAGCUGGAGAUGCCAUUUCUGACAUGCUGGUGAUUGAGGCGAUCCUGGCUCUCAAGGGCCUGACUGUGCAGCAGUGGGAUGCCAUUUAUGUUGAUCUUCCUAACAGACAACUCAAAGUUAAGGUUGCCGACAGGAGAGUUAUUAGCACCACUGAUGCUGAAAGACAAGCAGUCACUCCGCCAGGACUCCAAGAAGCAAUCAAUGACCUGGUGAAGAAGUACAAGCUUGCCCGAGCUUUUGUCCGGCCCUCUGGUACAGAAGACAUUGUCCGAGUAUAUGCAGAAGCAGACUCACAAGAAAAUGCCGAUAGACUUGCAGGCGAAGUGAGUUUGGUGGUGUUUCAGCUGGCUGGAGGCAUUGGAGAAAGGCCACAACCAUCUUUCUGAAGAUAAUUUUUAUAUUCUUGAAAAAUGGACUUCUAAAAUGUUUUUAUAAAACUAUUUGCAAUACUGGCAGUACUCUAAUGGAUUUAGAUCUGUUUUUAAAAAAUGCUACCAGAAGAAAUGGUUUAGAAGUUGGUAAAUCUUAGACUUGGUAAUGAAGCUCACCUCUGAUUUUAAUCUGUAAUAACAGUUUGAGUGUCAUUAAUUUUACAGUGUAUGCAGGGUGUUGGGAAAUUAAAUUGUAUUAAUUACUAA